UUGAAUUUAACUUGAUAUAUUGUAAAUGACUCCAAGCCAGGUAAGAGUCACUGCUGGUAUAUUAAAAUAUGUUUAAGUUUUCUUUUAUCUUCUACAGUAUCUUAGUUGCAUGAAAAAUUCAUUGUUGGAUAUCGGUCUUUAUCGAUCUGCAAGCGGUAAUGAGUUACACUAACUGCAUGUAAUUAUGUGAUAUGCACGCUACGAGCAUAUACUACACGUAUAUUGUAACUUACAUGUGUGGGUGCGCUCCCAAGGCCAUCUAACUUUCAAUAAAAAGAAGUCGAGUACGUCAAGGUGAUUUACAUAUCAUUAAGACAGUUCUCUCUAUUAUUGGAAAAUACUUCUCCAUUAAAACUGAAUUUUCAUUUCUCUCUUUCUCUUUCGAAGUAUAGUUUAAUAAUUAUUACAAUAAUUAAUACAAGUUUUAAGUAAGGGAACGGGGUGAGAUAGAUUCAAUAGAUUUGGCACUGACUGUACAUGUGCCUGUAUCUAUAUUGACUAUUGACACAUCUUAAUUAUCUUUUUGUCUAUGACACAUUUAAAAACGCAAUUUGUCAUUUUAUCUACACAUUCUACGCAUACAAUCACCUUAACCAUUCAUCUACAAUGUAUUAAAUUGUUAAGUAUUAUUUGCAAAUCAAUUUACCAAUUUAUUAAAACAGAAACAUAUUUUAUCAUCGGCAAUCACGAGUGCGCGACUCAGAUUUCUAUCUCAAGAAUGUCGAAAAUUUCGCUAAGAACCUCCAACACACGAUUAUUGCAUCAACAGAAAAAAAAAUGGCCAAAAAUGGACGUACGAUUGAAGCCGUUCGGGUUUUGCUGUUCCAUGGAUCGCUUUGACCCUCUCUCGCGAUAUGAUCAACGAAUGCCACCUUACAAAUCCUCUUUAACGGCGAUAACUUCCGUGCACGAGUGUCCAGUGUCCAAGAUACAGACACAAUUUUUCACGCCACGGCUUUCCCGAAAUAAGAAACGACUGGGCAAGGGCAGAAUGUCGGAGAUGGAAGAUCAGCAACGACUUGGAAACGAUACAAUGAAUUAUUUUCACAUCAAUAGAAGGGAUGGCUCCAUAAAGUGGUAUCUGGAAGACGAGAUCGCGCUGGCAAAGAAUAUUUUCUGGACGGAAAAGCAACGUGUCCAUAAUGAAGAGAGGGACAAAAUAAUUAGCAUUGCAAAAAAACAAAUGAAAAAAAGAAUGAAAUACUUGUUGAAUCUGCGAUAUCCACGAUGGUAUCAGGACUUCUCUCCGAAUCAAAUGAAAAACUUGAUGAAUUUAGAAAAUGUAAUGCGCACCGAUUAUGAGGAGACAACGACAAGCGGCACGCAGAAGUCUUUGAUGGCUAUCGGCGUCGUUUCAACAUUUUUCACGUUGAAGCCGAUUGUCAUAAAAGAAUUACACAAGUCGUGCAAUUUGAAUGGUGUCGACUUUUUGCGAGAAAUUUACAAAAUACUAACCGGGAAUGAUUUCCUCGAAGAGGGAUAUAAAAAAGUUUAUGAUUGCAAUGAAAGAAUAAUAUUAUCGGCUAUUGCAUUUCUGACAUUACCACAGACGGUGGAGGAAUUACAUAAAAGAUUACCACCUGUGAUUAUGCCAAAAUUACCACCAAAACCAAAACCACCAACGUGUUUCCCGAGACGAAAAGACAGUUGUCCUUAUAAAGAAGAAUUAUUUAGACGUUCUGAUUGGGCCGGUUAUCGAAACAAGUUACAGAAAUGGCAGAAACAAUAUAAACUUUUAGCAGUUCCAAAAGUAAUUUUACCAUACCAGAAAUAUAAUCAGUUGCUCAAUAACAACAAUGCAGCGCUUAAAUUUAAGAAACAAGGGAAAAAUAUUUAUGGACAGCUUGAAAAAGACAGCGCAAAGGAGCUACAAAAGAUUUCUGCAACUAAGCUGGAUCAGACUAGUAUGACAAGCAUUGAUUAUCAAUUAAAACAUAAAAAGGAUUUCUCAAAACGGGAGAUUUCGGAAGUGGAAAAAUCAAUUAUCGAUGUUCCUCAGUUGCCAGAUAAAAAAACACUAGUGCUGAAGCCGCCAAGAGCGAGCCAAAAAUCCUGGCUGGGUGAAAAGGACGCUCAUUAUGUGAUUUCUGGUGCGUACGAGGAUGCAGCAACAGGUUCUGUAACUUACGAAAUCAGUGGCGUGGCUAAUGUGACACCAAGCAACAGUGAUGAAAGAUUUUUUGCGGUUCUAAAACGUGAUAAGCCUAAGAAGAUCUUCCCCGGCGGUAGAGAGAAUCUGUCCAGAAACUGGCAGGAAUGGCUGCAGAACGCUGAUGAGGAAUUCAGGCAGGUAGAAGACGAGGCUGAUGAACUGAUCAAGAGCAUACAGUCUAUCACAAAACUGUCGUUUCCUGAGCCAGUUUGCGACAGUUGCUGCCUUUGUCGGCAGACUAGGAAGACUCGUGAGAGAAUGCGGCAAAGCAAAGCACCAUAUUUGUUGAUUGAUAAUAUCAUUCAGAAUGACGAAAACAAGUAUAUCGUUGGAUCUGUGGCUAUGCACUCCCCAGGACCUAGUCCGACAGAAUCGCCAAUUGAUCUACUUGAAAUGGUUGCUUCAAAGGAUGAGAUUACAACAAAUAUCAUCAUUAAUGGCGUUACUGAUCACAAUGGCAAAACUCAAUACCUCGUAUCGGGUAUUCAAAAAGACAAGAUACAUAUACCAUCGCGAGUAUCUGAGUUUCCAGCACCUCAGCCUGUUAUUAGAAACAUUCCACCUUGUGCAUGCGCUAUUCAGCAAAUGUCCAAAGAGGAUCGCGCAAGUCCUUCCCUGAGCAAGGAUGAUAUUUCUUGGACAAAGGAUGGAGGAUUAUGCCCUGGAAAAAAGUACAGACCGAAUGAACCAGGCGCAUAUUCUUGCAAGAAAUAUCCUGGCGAUAAAUCCUGCAGACGUAAUCCUUUUAUGAAGGAAAUACUGAAAAUGAAAAAGAAGAAAACGGAAGAACAAGGAGAAGAAGAACAGGAAGGAAAAGCAGAACUUAUCGACACAAUGAAGAAAGAGGCUAAAACUGUUCGAGAAAAGAGAAAAGACAAAUUUAUUCCUGAUCUUAAUUAUCCUGCUUAUGAUUAUCCUUGGAACCUAUCACGCACAGCGCCAUCAGCAGAAAUAUCGAAGACGGACUAUGAACUUACUUUGAAAUUGACUUCUCCAGUAUUACCUGCAACCUCUACAUCACCCGGAGCACAGAAAAGACAAACAAAUAUCUCUCCCUCGAAUAAGAAACUGGAAAAAUUUGCGGAAAGUACUAAAAACAAAGAUAUAAGUGAUAAAGCGUCCGGUAAUAUUUCCUUAAAUUUGUCGAAAAGAUUCGAAGAACAGAAAAAAGAAAGGGAUACAAUGGAUAAGAACAUAAAGCAAGAUAGGAAUAGACCUUUAAAUAAGAUUUUAGGUGAUGAGAAAGAUACACAAUUUUCAGAUAAAAUUUCUAAAUCGACGGCAAAAAAUAAAAUAAAAAAGCCGCAAUUAAAGUUACCGUCAAAUAAAAUAAUUAAACAACAACAACCUAAAAACAUUGUUAAAAAACGUUCUAAAAGAGACAAAAAGAAGAUCGCAGUGGACGAAACUGAGCAGCUCGAUGGUCGAAAGCGAGAGAUGGCGAGAUUGAAGAAUAUGCUAAAGCUUCCCAUAGGAAUUCUAGGCGACGUCCAACCGGCACUUCUUCCGGAGGAGUUGCAAGCAAUCCGUCAGUCUGAAGAAAAAACUGACGACCUCAGCGAUUCUGCAAUUUCAAUCGACGAAGAGGAGAGCCGUAUCAGGAAAGGACCCUGCGGUUGGAGAACAAAAUCAGAACAGGAACUUCCAGCGAAGAAGACCCUGGCCUACCUUUGCGAACCGGACUAUCCUUUGGAGAGUAUGGCGAUUCGUCCUGGUGGACGACCAUGUGAUUGUAGAGAAAACAGAAGCAAGAAGAAAAUACUCAAGUAUAAUGUCGGCGGCUUAGUAGAAAAGAAAGAUGGGAGAGGAGCCAGGAGAACAAAAUUAAGGGAGGAGAACAGAAUCAUUGAUGGCGUUGCUUACUUCACGCCACCCGCCAGUCCUCGAAGAAGCGAUGAAUACAUCCCCGAAUACGAUCUUCUCGAAUCGCCAUACGACAUGUGCGUUGGCGAAGUUACGGACGAGAGGUUGAAGCUAAUUGAAAAGUACUCUGGACCUAAAAGCUUGAUAGAAAAGACACGGAAGAGAGCUAAAUCAUGCAGGUGUAAUAGCGGCGUCACGAAGGAAGCUCGCUUUGCCGAUCGGAAGAAAGAUAUUGAAGAAACUCGACAGAAGCUGAUGGAGUCGAAGUCGCCAGAAGAAAGAUGGACCGUGGCCUUGAAGGACGCAGCAUUGACCGAUUAUUUCACGCAGCCUAGAGAUAGAACUCGCUGCUGGACAUCGUGUAGAAAGUAUGCUCGAAGUGUCAGACCCCGCAGAUUGAAGGUGGUGAAGCCCGUUUGCGAAUGUAAGAAUGAAAGAAAAAUUGUGGAGCGAAACGAAGAAAGAAGCAGAUGGAAGAUGCGUCAACGGCGAUUGAAGGCUUUGAAAAAGCAAGCUUUCAUGCAUGUCGUUGAUACCUCAAGACCCAUAGUGGAAAACACGAAUCUUAUCAUAUCGGAAGUGCAAAGAAUUCCGAGGAAAACCGAGCACGAAGGUGACGUGAAAUAUUGCAUAUCAGGUGUGGCGAAGGAUCUCUCUGUGUCGCCUCCUCAACCGAUACUCGAUGGCUUAAAGAUGUCCACGCCGUUUCAAACACCCGAACCGAGCAAGGAAGAUAUUCCAUCGGUUGCUCUACAUCGCCACUGGUCGCCAAUGGACGUUCCUCCGGGUCCGUUGCCGAGAAAAGACGCUGCUUUGAAGGAAGAAAUGAACCGCAGAAAGAAAGCCAGAGAUGAAGCGCUAACGCUAAUUUACGGAGACAUGAAUGAACGGGAUUCGACACGCCGUACUUAUCAAAAUGUGCGCGAUCAAGGGAAACCGAUGCAGGGCGUUGGGAAAACUCAGGAAACAUGGAAAAGUCAUAAGAACGUGGAAGAGAAAACAUCUGGAGCGGUAAUAGAAUUGUGUUCAUCAAGCAAGAAGACUGACAGCGAGAUAAAACGUCAAGAUACAUCACGUGAGAUAAUUGUCAGUAAAGUAAUUCCUGAGGACGAAAAAUAUUUUGAAGAAGCUACUGGCAAGAUUGGUUAUCGGUCAGAUACGUCGUAUAAACAAAUUAUUGAGAGAACGGGAGAGGAUGAGCAGAGGCAUCAGAUAAACGACAGCGAUGAUAAGAAGCGUACAAGUAGUCAGCCUAAUCUUACACAGAUAAUAAAGGCCGAGUUGAAAAAGAUGUCCGAGGAAGGGUACGUGUUCGCCAAAUUACCGAAAUGUUAUCUGAUGCCACAACUUCAAGACUGGAUUAUGCAUAGAGAGGGUGUUGCUUUCUCGGAAACUGACAAAAAAAAUCUGAUGAGAGAAACCGUUUCGAUUUGGCAAUUAAUAGAAACAGUGCCAAUGCCGAAGAUCGAGACACCGUCAUUGCAUAUGACAAAACAACAGUUAAGAAGGUUGAUCUUUGAUCGGGCAGAGGAGAUAAAAAAGAAGAUUGAAAAGGAGAAAGCGACUUUUCACAGCGGAGUACGCAAAGCACGCGUUUCUCACGCCCGCACCAUGUGGAGCACCAUGGAAUUUGGAAAAUUCCCUUCCGCGUCAUUCAAAAGAGCGUUCUUUACUUACAUGGCCAGUAAAGAAGCCGAUGGACACGUUUACAGACCAUGGUUGACUUCCGAAGUUUGCGGACGAGAUCCCGACUUCAGUUGCUAUCAAUGACAUGACGGACGGGAUGACUUCUUAUUCACAUUACGCGGGAAGUGACGCCAUAUUAAUUUCUAGUUUACAUUUUCGAAGACACUUCCAGA